UUUUGAACAAACUUAAUUCUAAGCGUAUCAACAUAACCAAACACUGAGGUUGCGUAGUGUUUUAAAAUCAACGCAAGAAAAUCAUAUUAUUCAAGUAUAAAAAUAAUAAUUUAAAAAAAAUUGAAGUUUGAGAGAGCAGAUAUGAGAUUGACAUCCAGUUUGUUAAGACGCGUAGGAGAAUGGUCUAAGAAAUAUUCAAAUUUACCGGACAGUUACAUAAACCGAGCAAUGCGACAGGUUUAUUGGAGAACACCUAGUAAGCCAAAUUAUUUACCACGGACAAUUGAGAGGAAACAAUUUCGUUUUUCAAUCUAUCGUCCAUGGACUACUGAAUUUCAUUAUGACAAUGCACCUGGUAAAAAGCAAAAAUUUAUUCAUGUUGAACCUAUUAAGGAUUGGAGUUUUUUCCGUGGUGAUAGGGUAGAAAUUUUAGUAGGAAAAGAUAAAGGGAAACAAGGGAUUGUAAAAGAGAUUUACCAAGAAAGGAAUUGGGUAAUCGUUGAAGGACUCAAUACAAAAUUGAUAAAGAACAUGAAAAAUAAAAAUUUUCCUGGUAUAUACAUGCAAAAGGAACAACCACUAUUGGUAUCCUCGCAAGUGCAAUUAGUUGAUCCUUCUGAUAUGCAAGGGACUGCAAUAGAAUGGCGAUACACGGAAAGUGGUGAUAAAGUACGCGUAUCUGUAAGAUCUGGCAGAAUAAUUCCUAUUCCUAUUUCGAGUAAAGAAACAAUAGAUUACAAACUCCCUCAGUUAUAUCAAGAGCAACCGAAGGAUACGACGAAAGCUGAUGUAGAGAAAGUGACUUUUGCACCGGCGUUAAAGACUUUCGAGAUGGAUAUCAUGGAGCAAAUGGGUAUUAAAGAGGAUCGUGUUCCAAAGAAAUUUUAUUGGUAUUAAUCAUUGUUAUAUACAAUUCGUUGUUAUUUUCAAUGUACAAUUAUAAUAUUAAUAAUAUAUUAAGCGAACAAGGGGAUUGGAACAUAACUUUCCAAUAUAACUUGUAUGUAAGAAAACUCACAUCGUAAUCCUUUUUAAACAAAAAAAAUUGCGGAGAAUUGAUUUUGCAAUAUAACUCAUAUUUUAAUCGAUAGUUUCAACUUUCUUUUUCUUGGGAUUCUACAUCUUUGAACAAAAACUACAUUAUAAGGUGUCCCUGUUUGCAACGCUCUCUAUAGGAAAUACAUAAUAAAACGAGCACUUAUAACAUUAAACAAUAAAAGACAACGAACAAUUCAGUGCUUUACAUAUAACGAAUUUACAUUGGAUUAAAAUAUGUAAUAAUAUUGAUUAGUAUCUCAAUCAAGUUUCCUUGUUUUAUGUUAAAUCAUGUCACUCGCACAUAUCACAGCACAGAAUUUUAAUAAAUGCAAAUCCCAAAAA